ACCGGGAAGCAGGCAGAGUGGGAAAGGCUGGGUCCACACUGCCAGUCCAGAGAGCAGGGAACUACCUUGAGUAUUCUACUCAAACUUACGUCUCAGAGUUCCCCAAUUUCCCAAGAAGGCAGUGAUAGAGGCCACAAUCCAGGGGGCCAUCUCUCAAGGUACCAAUAGCUUUGCAGUUGAAAAAGCUGCAUGCAGUUGGAAGGGAUCUUCAGAUGGUGCUGGUGACUUUCUGUUCCUUUUGGAGUUGACAUGCAUGUGGAUUGGAGGAAAAAUAAUCAACAUAUAUUCUCCUUUCGUACUGUUUAAAUCACAGGAAGAAGCGGCUUUAAGACAAAAUGAAUUCUAGCUAUUUUAUCCAUAGUAAUGGAAUAGCUGCUGCUAUUAUUUAUGCUCUACACAUGUUACUUUGGCCCUAAAGCCUGAAGGAACCUAUCGUUGUUUUCUACCACUGAUGAUUUUAUCUGCACUUCUGCAUCUGGGCAAUUGUUCACAAUAGUCACAAAGACCUAGCACUUGGUCUGAGAAUCCUACCUGCCGAGGAGUUUUAUUUGACCAGCUUGGUAAAGGACAUUUAAAUUAAGAUAUCUAAAGCUAGCAGAAAACAGACAUUUUGGAGUCAUCAGCACAUUUGGGAUGGUGGAAGCCACAGCCAAGGAGGGGAUGUGGUACACAAAGACCUCAGGGAUCAAACCAAAAUGACAACUGCUCACUUUUACUGUCAAUACUGCACAGCAUCACUUCUUGGGAAGAAAUACGUACUAAAGGAUGACAGUCCGUACUGUGUUACAUGUUAUGAUCGUGUAUUUUCUAACUAUUGCGAGGAAUGCAAAAAACCAAUUGAAUCCGAUUCUAAGGAUCUUUGUUACAAAGACCGGCACUGGCAUGAAGGAUGCUUCAAGUGCACCAAAUGCAAUCACUCUUUGGUGGAAAAGCCUUUUGCUGCCAAGGAUGAGCGCCUGCUGUGCACGGAGUGCUAUUCUAACGAGUGCUCCUCCAAGUGCUUCCACUGCAAGAGGACCAUCAUGCCUGGUUCCCGCAAAAUGGAAUUUAAGGGAAACUACUGGCAUGAAACCUGUUUUGUGUGUGAGAAUUGCCAACAACCUAUAGGAACAAAGCCUUUGAUCUCCAAAGAGAGUGGCAAUUAUUGUGUGCCGUGUUUUGAGAAGGAGUUUGCUCACUACUGCAACUUUUGUAAGAAGGUGAUAACUUCAGGUGGAAUAACAUUUUGUGACCAGCUGUGGCAUAAAGAGUGUUUUCUGUGUAGUGGCUGUAGGAAGGAUCUCUGUGAAGAACAGUUCAUGUCCAGAGACGACUAUCCAUUCUGUGUGGACUGCUACAACCAUCUUUAUGCCAACAAGUGUGUAGCCUGUUCCAAACCCAUUAGUGGUCUCACAGGUGCCAAGUUUAUCUGCUUUCAAGACAGCCAGUGGCAUAGCGAAUGCUUUAACUGCGGGAAGUGCUCUGUCUCCUUGGUGGGUAAAGGCUUCCUGACCCAGAACAAGGAAAUCUUCUGCCAAAAAUGUGGCUCUGGAAUGGACACUGACAUCUAGGAGACAGUCCUUUCCCACCUAAAAUCCACUUUGCCUGCGUUGUCACUAAAGCCAGAACUCA